AUGUCCUCUUCCUCUUCUUCUACUUCUACGCCUUCUUCGACUUCCAAUUCCCGACGAUGUCCAUCGCCGUUGGUUUCUCGGACGACUACGAUGACGCCGAUGCCUUCGGUAUCGUCUCUGGCUAAACGUUCACAGUCAGUGGAGAGGAGGAGGACGGCCACUCCUCGGCCCAGUUCUCUGGACUCGAGAGCUGGGAGCGGCAAUGGUGAAGUGUCCGCGGCUCAGAAGCUAUUGUUCACUUCGGCGAGGAGCUUGUCGGUGUCGUUUCAGGGUGAAUCGUUCUCGCUCCAAGUCAGCAAGGCGAAGCCUGCGCCGUCUCCAUUGCCGAGCGUGAGGAAGGGUACUCCGGAGAGGAGGAAGGCGACGACACCGGCCAGAGCUGUCGAUAAGACUGAAAACUCGAGGCUGGGGACGGAUCAGCAGCGAUGGCCUGCGCGAUUAAGGCAAGCGAAUUGUAUGAGUAGGAGCUUGGAUUGUACAGACGAAAGGAAAAAGGUUGGUGGACCCGGCAGUGUCGUGAGGGCGUUACAAAGUUCAAUGGCGGAUGUUAGGGUCUCUUCGUUUGACGGGAGAUUGGGUUCAGAAUCGGGAAGGCAGGAUGAGGAAAUGGGGAAAUACACGACUGCAAAAUUUUUUUUCCUCUCUGUGCUGUGCCCAUCGACGACGACUCCUCCAACGGGACGACCUACUCCACCAUCGACGGAAAGCAGCAAACGUUCCAAGUAUCAAAUCUUCCUCAAUCGCAAAUUUUUUUUCCUCUCUGUGCUGUGCCCAUCGACGACGACUCCUCCAACGGGACGACCUCCUCCACCAUCGACGGAAAAGCAGCAAACUGGGUCUCUUUCCAAAUAG